UUCAAAGGAAAGUAGAGGUUAUGUAUGGUUAUAUUCCCAGUUUAUUGUUUAUGGCUAUAAUUGAUUUUAUAACUUUUGAAAAAUAAUAUUCAAGUGUCUUGUAUAACGUGCUCAAAAAUGGUGUUUCAAAAUACGGGUAAAUAUAGAGCCGAAAAAGCUGAAAAGUCUGAAACAACUACUGGCGAUUUUUCUGUUAAUAGAGAGGAAAGUUCCGAAUUUCGAUUGAGACAGGUUAUCGAAAAUGAAAAUAUAGACCUCAAAUAUGGUUUUGAACGCCUCAAGGACCAUCAAGAACGGACUGGCUUUCUCUUGAACAUGCAUUCGACUGAAAUAGUUGACGAAGACAAAAAAUUGUGUUCUGCUGUGGAUUAUUACUUUAUGGAAGAAGAUGGAACACGGUUCAAAAUUGCUUAUCCAUUCAUGCCUUAUUUUUAUGUUCUAACCAAGAGAGAGUUGUUGCAAGAAGUAAUGCAGUUUUUGUCAAAAAAAUAUGCUGGCACAAUAGCGGAAAUGGAGAUAAUUACAAAAGAAGACUUAGAUUUACCAAAUCACUUGAUUGGUUUGAAACAGAAAUAUAUAAAGCUAUCCUUUUUCAACCAAACAGAUAUGAUAAAAGUCCGCAAGGAAAUACUGAAAGUUGUUAGAAAAAAUAGGCUGAAACAGAACGACAAUGCUUAUUAUACAGAAAUGUUAACGAGUACCUUGGGCAACAAUACGAAUGAAGUCAGUCAUUUUAAUAAAGGAAAUACAGAUCAGAUGGAAAAUAUUAUGGACAUCAGAGAAUAUGAUGUGCCUUAUCAUGUAAGAGUAUCAAUAGAUCUCAGAUUAUUUUGUGGGUCUUGGUACACAGUAAAGUGCAGAGGAAGGGAUGAUCCACCAACAAUUUCACUGAGGAGUGAUAUUAUUGAGCGUCCUGAACCUAUUGUACUAGCUUUCGAUAUUGAAACUACAAAAUUACCGUUGAAGUUCCCAGAUUCAGCUACUGACCAAAUUAUGAUGAUUUCCUAUAUGAUUGAUGGUCAAGGUUACCUGAUUACAAAUCGAGAAAUUAUAUCUGCCGAUAUAGAAGAUUUCGAAUUCACUCCAAAACCUGAAUUCGAAGGUAAAUUUACAAUAUUCAAUGAGCCUAAUGAAAGGUUCUUGAUACAAAAAUUUUUUUCCCACAUUUUGGAAAUUCGUCCUCAUGUUUUUGUUACUUAUAAUGGAGACUUCUUUGAUUGGCCUUUCAUUGAAGCACGAGCUGCCUGUUAUGAUUUGGAUAUGAAACAGGAAAUUGGGUUUUUCAAAAAUAGAGAGGGUGUUUAUUAUUGUAGGCCGGCGAUGCAUAUGGACUGUCUCUGCUGGGUGAAGAGAGACUCGUAUUUACCUGUUGGAUCACAGAAUUUGAAAGCUGUAGCAAAAGCUAAGUUGAGAUACGAUCCGGUUGAGUUAGAUCCCGAAGAGAUGUGUCCUUUAGCAGCAUCGAAUCCUCAAGUAUUAUCAAAUUAUUCGGUAUCAGAUGCAGUAGCUACAUACUACUUGUAUAUGCAAUAUGUGCAUCCCUUUAUAUUUGCCCUAUGUACUAUAAUUCCUUGCGAGCCUGAUGAAGUUUUACGUAAAGGGUCAGGUACAUUAUGCGAAUCCCUCCUUAUGGUGGAAGCCUUCCAUGGUAACAUAAUUUUCCCAAAUAAGGAAGAAACAGAACUGAAUAAAUUGACUCAUGAUGGACAUGUUCUUGUUCAGGAAACUUAUGUUGGGGGGCAUGUGGAGGCUUUAGAAUCUGGAGUAUUCAGAGCUGAUAUUCCUUGUCGGUUUAGGAUAGUUCCCGAUGCAAUUGAUAGUCUCAUUAAUCAGAUUUUGAAAACGUUGGAACAUGCAAUUGUUGUGGAGGAGGGGAUUCCAAUGGAGUGUGUCACAAAUUUGGAAGAAGUGGCCGAGGAAAUCAAAGCCAAACUGACAGCUCUCAAGGAACAACCUAUGAGAUUGGAAAGGCCCUUGAUAUAUCAUUUGGACGUAGGCGCCAUGUAUCCUAAUAUAAUCCUAACCAAUAGGUUACAACCCUGUGCCAUGGUCGACGAAACUAUGUGCGCAGCUUGUGAUUAUAAUAAACCUGGUGCCAUUUGUCAACGCAGUAUGGCAUGGAUGAUGAGAGAAGAAUAUAUGCCGGCAUCUCGAAAUGAAUACCACAGAAUUCAACAACAGCUUGAGACAGAAAAAUUUCCAUCACAGUAUCCGGGAGGAGCACCAAAGGCUUUCCAUGAAUUACAAAGACAGGAACAGGCAGAAUGGGAGAAGAAAAGACUGUCUGUGUAUUGCAGAAAAGUGUAUAAAAAAUUGAAGUGUACAAGAAUUGAAGAACAAAAAACAACUAUUUGUCAGAAAGAAAAUUCCUUUUAUGUGGAUACCGUAAGAGCUUUUAGAGACAGAAGGUAUGAAUAUAAAGGGUUAUCAAAAAAAGCCAAGCAAGCAGUUGUUGAUGCUGUCAAAGGAGGAGAUGCUUCUGAAAUUAAAUCAGCUAAAAACAGAGAGGUGCUGUACGACUCCUUACAGAUGGCACAUAAAUGCAUUCUGAAUUCGUUUUAUGGAUAUGUGAUGAGAAGAGGGGCUCGUUGGCACAGUAUGGAAAUGGCAGGUAUAGUUUGUUUUACAGGAGCAAAUAUUAUAAUGAAAGCUCGUGAGAUAAUCGAGCAGGUUGGACGACCCCUUGAAUUAGACACUGACGGUAUUUGGUGUAUUCUCCCAGCAUCGUUUCCGGAAAAUUUCACUAUACUUACCACUCACGAGAAGAAGAAAAAAUUCAAUAUUUCCUAUCCUAACACUGUCCUAAAUGCCAUGGUCAAAGAACAUUUCACUAAUGAUCAGUACCACGAGUUAAUUGAUCCCAUCAAAUUGGAAUACCAAGUGAAGAGUGAGAAUUCCAUUUUUUUCGAGGUUGACGGUCCAUACAAAGCAAUGGUUCUGCCUGCAAGCAAAGAGGAGGGCAAGAAACUGAAAAAGAGAUAUGCUGUUUUCAAUUUUGAUGGUUCACUGGCUGAAUUAAAAGGGUUCGAAGUUAAGAGACGUGGGGAGCUGCAGCUCAUAAAGAAUUUUCAAUCCUCGGUGUUCGAAGCCUUUUUAAAAGGUGAUACUUUGGAAACUUGCUACGCAGCUGUGGCUCAAGUUGCAGACUAUUGGUUGGAUGUAUUAUAUUCGCAUGGUCGAAACAUGCCUGAUUCUGAACUUUUUGACCUCAUCUCUGAGAAUCGAUCCAUGUCUAAGAAACUAGAAGAAUAUGGAGCUCAAAAAAGUACAUCCAUCAGUACAGCCAAGCGCUUAGCAGAAUUUCUUGGUGACCAGAUGGUGAAGGAUGCUGGAUUGGCUUGUAAAUAUGUCAUUUCAAAAAAACCAGAUGGCGCCCCUGUCACUGAAAGAGCUAUUCCAUUGGCUAUUUUCCAAGCAGAGGAAGCAAUUCAGAAACACUAUCUGAGAAAAUGGUUGAAAAACUCUUCUCUGAAUGAGGUCGAUAUUCGUGAUAUUUUAGAUUGGAGCUACUAUAUAGAACGUUUGGGAGGAGCUAUACAAAAGAUCAUUACCAUACCUGCCGCUAUGCAGGGGGUACCGAAUCCUGUUCCUAGAGUUAGACAUCCAGACUGGUUACAUAAAAAAAUUUUAGAAAAGAGUGACACUUUCAAGCAAAGAAGAAUUAGCGACAUGUUCUCUGUUCUUCAAAAAAAACCUAAAUUAUCUGAGAAUAAUUCGGAUGUAGUCGAUGGCAAUCCAGAUAACCUUGACUCAUCCAGUAAUAUUGGUGAUAUUGAAGAUGUUGCAAGUACUAAAGAUAUGUUCAAGACCCCUGUUGCUGUUGUCACCAAAAGAAAGAGGGGUUCUGACAAGGAGAAUGAAUUCUCUGAAGAAGACCUGAAUAAAACUUGGAGGGAAGUGCUUGGGAAACCACCUUCUUUUGGCAGCACACAUGAAGAAACUUUGAUUUGGAUUGAUUUUCAUAAAAGAAAAUGGCGGUUUCAAGCACUGCAAAAACUUUGUGUCAACAAAAGUAAGAAGAAAAAGUCAAAUAAUGACACUACCAUAUUGCGAUCUGCAGCUCCCGGAACACUUGGUGGCUUCAUUCAAAGAGCACAGAGAACUCUGUUGACAACUCCUUGGCAGGUGAUUCAGAUUGCACCCACGAAUACUCCUGGAGAGUUUAGACUAUGGGCACUAGUUAUGUCUGAAUUACAUUUGAUUAAACUGAUUGUUCCAAGAAUAUUUUAUGCAAAUUUACGCACCCCGAAAGUGGCAGAAGAAGGGGCACUUUUCAAAAAAUGUAAUAGAAUGUUACCUAGAUCCAGGCCAGUCCAUAAUUUAUACCUGUAUUCUGUGCCCGAAGAAGUAUUUCAAGAGCAUGGAAAGAAGGUUUUUCUUGAUCAGACCGAUCCUAAUGUAGAGGGAGUUUAUGAAACUCAAGUCACUCCAAUGUUCAGAGCUUUGCUUCAAAUCGGUUGUGUUUGUAAGGUACUACCCGGGGCUUCAAAUUCUGAAAAUUUUGAUCUUCAACAAUUAGAUAUGGUCAGUGUAGCUCGUCAGCCCUAUUUAGGAAAAGAUUCAAUCCGUCAUUUAUAUUUCUACCACCAUAAACAUAUGAUCAAACCCCAACAUAUGUUUGCAUUAUUCCUAACCCCAGUUAAAAAGGCUGUAAUUUUAGUUGUGGACACUGUUAAGACAAACUUGAUGCCCAAUAUGAUGAAUUUAUAUCAAGCAGAAAGAUUGGCAAAAUUAGAAAAAAAUCCUGAUGAUGAACUUCUACCACCUGAAGAAAUAUCCAUUGAAGUUCGAAUAGAAUCUAAUCUAACUCAAGUUUAUAAAAUAUUACAAAAAACUUUACAAGCAUAUAAAGACGAGAAAAAAGGACCUACAUUAUUGGGUGUCCAGUCUGCCAUGGAAAUGCAUGACUUGCAAAAUAAUAUUCCACCCUUUGCCGAUUUUCCUCAAGUGCAAAUUCAUGUUCAGGAUAUUGACGAUUUAUACAAUGCAUUAGACUGGCAAAAAAUUGGUGCUCGAGCGAUUGUACGUCAUUAUUUGAACAGCGAGAGAGUACUGGAAUUGAUGGCAGAACAGUGUAGAUAUUUUCACUUACCCAUUGGAAAUAUGCCUUCUGAUCCUGCCGUCUUUGGAUCUGAUUUGUUUUUUGCCCGGCAUCUCAUCAAGCAUAAUCAUGUUCUCUGGUGCUCAUCAACUGAUAGACCCGAUCUAGGAGGAAGUCAAGAAAAUGAUGCAAGGCUUCUAGCAGAGAAUCAGGAGGCCUCAUCUGAAGUUUGCAAUGAGCCAGGCUGGUAUUCCAUGGUUUGUGUUGAACUAGACAUUGACAGCUUGGCCAUCAACACUCUUCUCCAAUCUCAUCAUGUUACAGACAUAGAAGGGAUGUCUAAUAUCACAGCAUUUGAUGCAUCAGCAGUUACAUCUGUAGAUGACAUGAUAUCUGGAAACCAAGCAAUAACCACUUACGACGAAUCAGCUAGAUGCGCGGAGGCCUUCAAAAUUUUAAGAACUAUGGCAGCUUCUUGGAUGAGAGAUAUAUCGUUGUAUCGAAACGUGUUCGCUGAUUUUCAGGUUAUUCACUUUUACAGAUGGCUGCGCUCGCCAAAAUCUCUUUUGUAUGAUCCAGCUUUAUUGAGGACUCUACAAAAUUUGAUGAAAAAACUGUUUUUGCAACUCGUAGCAGAAUUCAAAAGACUUGGCUGUAUGAUAAUUUAUGCAAAUUUCAAUAAAAUUGUUAUUUGUUCUAAACGAAAGAAAGUGGAAGAUGCAUUAGGCAAUGUUGAAUUUGUUGUUACUUCAAUACGCAACAAAGAACUAUUUCAUUCUUUGGAAAUUACAUUCAGUCAGUGUUGGGAGCAUCUAGUGUGGUUGGAUUUGGCAAACUUUGGAGGAAUUAAAGGAAAGGCACCAGAAGGCACACAAAGCGAAUCUCAAGAGGAAGAUUCUCAAAACGAAGAUGAAGGGGAUGAGGAUGAGAAUAAUGAGCCACAAGUUGUGAUGAAUUGGAAUAUAGCUGAACUUCUUCCAGAACAAGCGAGAUGUAGAGAUAGUUUCAAUGCUGUAAUAGCUGGUUACAUCAAUGCUAUUUAUGUCCGACUGAAACAAAACGAGAAUACCACCAUAUCACCUGCAGUACUAAGUCAGCCAUCGUUUGGUAUUGCUCAGUAUGAGGAUGUUAUUGACUUUGCCAAAAACUUAUUGGCCGGAGAGCUAAGUCAAACUUUAUUCCAGUUGACUGAAAAAAUAAACAGUCGUCUACAGCCACUUCCUGAUGGAACCAGUGCUGCACUUGAAUUUGUAAAGGCUAUAUGCCAUAUAUUGAGUUUAGACUCAGCUGUGAAAGAUGCAGUAGAUGAAUUGAAAAGUAAUUUACUUCGGCUUAUUGGUGUUGGUGAAUUUUCAGGAAAGGCAGUAUGGAAAGAUCCUACUGUCUCUUACAUUAUACCUCAGAUCAUCUGUAAAGCCUGCAACCAUUGUCGUGAUAUUGAUUUGGGCCGAGAUCAGCAUCGAUCAGAUUCUGCAUGGCUUUGUCCAUUGUGCAAGACAGCAUAUGACAGUUCUGAAAUUGAAUGCACCCUUCUGAGUAUCGUAAACGGCAAAUUUCUGGCUUACAAUUUACAGGAUUUACAAUGCAAGAAAUGUUCACAGAUCAAACUUGAGAAUCUGAUGAAACAUUGUCAGUGCUCGUCGGAUUUCAAAUGUCUGCUUUCAAGAACUGACUUGAUAAAACUUCUCCAGACAUUCUUGUCCUUGGCAAGGAGAUUUGAUAUGCCAGCUUUAAGUGAAACAGUUGAACAGACUCUGAAAUUAGUGUAGUAAAUGGUGUUAAUUUUUACCUUUUUAUUUAUUGAAGUGUUUUAUUAAACAGUUUUAUAGA